AUGGGUCACUCUCAGGAGCUCAGUGAAUUCAAGCGUGGUACUGUUUAGCUUGCCACUUGUGCGAUAAGUCCAUCCGUGAAAUGUCCUUGCUACUAAAUAUUCCUCUGUCAACUGUUAGUGGCAUUAUAACAAAGUGGAAGCAACUAGGAAUAACAGCGACUCAGCCACGAAGUGCACAGUGUGCAGAAGUCGCCAAUUGUCUGCAGAGUCAAUAGCUGAAGACCUCCAAACUUUAUGUGGCCUUCAGAUUAGCAACAGAAGAAGACAUUUUGACAAUUUCAUGCUUCCAACUUUGUGGGAACAGUUUGGGGAUAGCCC